CCUCUGUGACCAUGAAGACAGCCUGGGUUAUGCUCCAAAUGUUCUGUCCCUGUCUACUGCUGCUUUUCAUCUCUGGGGUGACAGGUGUAGAAGUUGCUAUCAAUGGCAAUAGAGACCACAGCUGGGUUUUGAAUACAAAUAUAUCCUCAUUUCUGUCCCUGUGGUGUGAAGUCCAGAACAAUACAAAAGGUGAAGAACUGAUAUGGUACAGGGGGCAGAGGCAAGUGAGUUUAAAUCCUGGCAACCAAAUCAACACCAGCAAUAUUUGUGUCAGUCCGAUUACAGAAAAUGAGAAUGGAAUCACAUAUACAUGCCUUCUGAAGAGUAAUGCAAACAUCAAUGCCUCGGUACAGCUGAAUGUUAUAUAUGCACCCAUAUUGACUGGAAGAACAGAAAUAUCCAUUCAGGAAGGUGACAGUGUGAAAAUGUCAUGCAAUGUGAAUGCAAAUCCUCAGGCGCAGACAGCUUGGCAUAUGGGAAGUGCUAGUCUAACUCUACAGAAGGGACGGUACAAGGUUUACCAGGACAGUGAAGUCCUUCAGCUGUCCAUCAGCAAGGCUGAAAAGUCUGAUGCUGGAAACUUCAGCUGUGUGGCUGAGUCAAGUGCAGGAAAGGAAAUUAAAAUAUUUGAUUUGCAAGUUAAAGACAAAGUUUCAGCCUUUCCAUUUGAACCCCUCAUCGCUGGCAUAGUAGUGGUCAUUAUAACACUGGUAUUUGGAAUAGUUUCACGGAGAAAGAGGAUUGCAAAGCUUUGUUGUAAAAACAGAUUUUGAACAUGGUGGACCAGCCCAAAAUAACAGAUGGACAUGUUGCAAUUAGGAGCUAACCCAAGACUCACCACAGCUCACCUCACAUAAGCAGGUCUAUGGUUAUCUUGAAGCAAUUGUCUGUGGAGUGGAAGUGAACCUACAAUCUAGGGAACUGCGACUAAUUAAGCCACUAACAGAUGAAAGCAUCUGGCACCUCUGUUUCCUCCUCAUCUCUUCAUCCAAAGCAAAAUUCGCUGGUCAUUCUUUUCAUUACAUUAACAUUGUUUCUAUUACCCGCUAUAGUUCUACAAGGGAAAAAAGUUUAUUUACAUGUUUUGUUUCUUAGCAUGAACACUUCUGGUAAGAAGCAUGACAUAGCUCUAAUACCUAUGUCUGUAUUGAGUAGCACAAAAAAACAUUCAACAUGGCUAGACUGCCCAUGAUAAACAAACAUGGAGAAAACCCCAAAAGUGUCACUGCUGGAUGGCUGCCUUAACUGUUUUAUAAUGCUUUCCAAUCUCUGCAACAUACCACUGUAGAU